AUCCCAAUAGCGGGAACAAGACGGAAAACUGCCUAAACCUCGGGACUGUUUCCGGCCAAACAAGAAAUUCAAAUGGAGCUUCAUUUUGAGUGCACAGAUUUGAGCAUCUGGAAAGAAGCUAUCUCCUCUUACAAAUCUCGAAUCGAAUCUCUAGACAAGCAGAACCUAGUUUCUCUCGACGAAUUUUACCGCAACGAACUCCCCCCUCGUCUCCACCAACGAAACCCUAACGCAUUCAUAACAACCUCCGAACUCUCCCGCCUCAUGAAAUGGAAGCUCACUCGCGGCAAAUGGAGGCCGCGUUUGUUAGAUUUCGUUUCCUCUUUGGACGACUCUUUAGUAAAAUCUGCUUCGCAGAAGGCUUUCCAAUCGCUUCCCGACAUCUCCAAAGCCGUCUCCGAGCUUACUGUUUUGAAAGGAGUGGGCCCCGCUACUGCCUCGGCUGUUCUCGCUGCUUACGCUCCUGAAACGGCGCCGUUUAUGUCCGACGAGGCUAUGGAGGCUGCUCUUGGAAACUCAAAAGAUUAUUCGUUAAAGCAGUAUUUGUUAUUUGUGGAUAAAAUACAGAGCAAAUCUAAGAAAUCUAUUUUAGUUCCAUGAAGAGAUCGCAGCAGUAUAAUCACUCAAUUAUUUGAUAAUGGUGAGCAUAUCUGUCGCAUUUUGGUGCAUUUGAUGUGCAAUUUAUUUCUUUUUGUAAUAUUAACUUAGUUUCUUGAUUGAGGACUGCUAUAGAUGGUCCCCUAGAAAUGCUGUUUUCAUGCAAAGAAUUACUUGUCAAGAAAAAGCACUGAAUGAAUAUUUCUAUGUUUUCGUUUCAUGGUCCCCAAAGUUGCAUUGGAAGUUUGUCUCCGCCCUUGUCUAUGAGCUGUUUAGUACAAUUUAAAGAAUGUGGAGUGAUGACUGGCUAUCUUCUGAUUAUGUUUUGCAUAUAUUAGCAUGUAUUAUUUUCCUUUGGCUAAAUUUCUUUCAUUUUCAUGAUGUGAAGUUCAUUUCUAUUUUAUAUAGCUUAUUUUGAUUGAGCACCACUGUGCAUGGAUACCCUGAAAAAAGGUGUUUUCAAAGGAAAAUUACUUGACAAGAACUACAAGUCUAAAACUUAGUUUGGGACCACGAGGGAUUUUUCUUUCUUUCUUUUAAUAUCUUUUAGUCCUUUUUUCUGAUGUUAAUGGCUGAUCUAGGAUCAUUUUGUACCGUUCAGGAGCUUCAUCUUAUACUUGUUAAAUUUGUAGCUUUCUAAUGAUAGUGGUGAUAUGUUUGUUUCUUUUGAAUGUUUAAUGCUGUUGGUAGAUGAUGUCCUUUGUUCACUGGUUUAACUUGUUUGUGUUUAUUCUUGGCUAAUUAUGUUUUUGACUGGGCAACAGAAUCAUAUACCUCAAGGAGUUAGGCAACUCUAAUAUUCUUCAGUUGGCAAUAUUCAUUGAAAUCUUUGCCCCAUUGGAUAUCUGAUCAAGUAUUUUUUAAGUCUUUUCUGUCCCAAAAUAGAAGACACUGGACUUUGGUCAAUGCUGAUUAUGAACAAAAAUUAUUAGCAUACCAGCUAUAAAAUUGAUAGAUCCUGAUGUUUUGAUAAGUUACAACCUUUUUGUUGUUGUGCUUAAUUAGUGCCACUUUUUGGCUCAUGUGUUGGCUCUAUUUAUGGAAAAAGAAUAAUUUCUCACAAUGUAAUGUAUGUUGUCAUGGAGAAUAGGUAUUAGAUAAUGUGAAGGCAGUUUUUCUUAUGUGCCUGAUGGUCAUCAGAUUUUAAGUCCAAGAAUACCUUUCUGCAAGAAUGAUCAAUGUGUAGGCAUCAACUAUACUCUGAUCUUCUACCUCCCAAAUAAUUAGUUAUCAUAUGUAUUCAAUGCAGUUAUACUGUAUAUUUCAAAAUCUAUUCCUGAACACUCGUGCACAUUGACAUCAUCUUAGCAUAAUGAAGGUUACAAGUGGUCAAAGUACCCCCUAUAUGUCAUGCAGGAAUUAAGUUCAAAAGGGGACUCCUUCACGCCAUCAGAUGUGGAGAGGGCUCUGUGGAGUUCAGCUGUAGGGAUAAAGUUGCAAUCUUCACACGCUGUUCUGGACAACAAGAUGAAGGGAAGCAACAAAAGAAAGAGAAGACA